AUGCUGAGCAGGGUCUGGUUUGCGUGCGUGUUUCUCGGUCUGUACGGCGCAUGCGCGUCGCUGAGCUGCAGGUGGAUGGAUCAUAAAUUCCGACAGUUCAGUGAGAACUCCUUAAACCUCCUGGAUGUGAUGGCUAACAACUCCACCAACAGCACUGAGGAUGAGGAGGAGAACUCCGUGGCCUUCCCUCAUCACCUGUACAGCCAGGCGUCCAGAGCUUCAGCUGAGGAGAAAGUAGCUUUCACGGCUCAGGUCCUGAAGGAGGCGUCUGCCCUGCUGGAGGAAGACGAUGGCUCUUCAUCAUGGGAUGAGGGGACAGCUGAGAACUUCCUCAGUGUUGUCUGCAAACAGGCUGAGGAGCUGCUCUCCUGUACCGGAGCUCACGGCCACAUGAAGAAGAAGAACACGAAGCUGCACCUGUACUUCAAGAGGCUGUCCAGUCACGUCCUGAAGAGACGGGGCCAGAGCGCUGAAGCCUGGGAGCUGAUCAGGAAGGAAAUCAGAACUCAUCUGAUGAGAGUCGACCUCCUGAUUUCAUCUUUACUCGCUCACAACUAA